AUGUCGGACUCGUCUUCCCCACCGCCAUCGCCGACGAGGAACAUAAGCGAUGCUAAACGUGUUGAAGACGAUGUCUUGACAGAACCAUCAACCGAAGACGAAAUUUCCAGCGAUGUGCCAGACGCAGAAAAAGACACUGUCGUCGUUGAGUCACUCGAUGACCAAGACAAUGAGGGUUUGCAACUUCGAGCCUACCAAGAUGAGAUGCUGGCAGAGAGUCUGAAACGCAAUACCAUUAUUGUGCUAAACACUGGCGCUGGUAAAACACACAUGUAA